GUCUCCCCUCUCUUCUUUUCUCUGUGCAAAAAAAAAAAACAAAAAAAACACGACAUUCCAGCCGACAUACGCUGGUAUACGUGUCGACAUGGCAGAACGUUCGCUCAUUUUCUCGCCUGCUCCGUACCAUAUAAUCUCAUAUGGCACACUACUGGGCACCACAUUUUUCCAGUCUUUCGUCAACGGAAUAGUUGCAUUCAGAGCAUUGCCGAGGCCGCAGUUCUCAAUUCUUCAACAGAAGAUAUUCCCCGUUUAUUUUGUCAUUCAAUCCGUGCUUCCAGUCACACUAGCCUUGACUUGGCCUGGAUCCAGGAAUGGACUCCAGAGCACGGCAUCUGGCAUUGCCGGUGUGCUUGACGAGCAAAACCGCUGGGGCCUUCUGGUGCCCAUAGCCACCAUGUUUGUGACUGGUGUCGCAAACUUGCUUUGGCUGCUUCCGGCGACAACAGGAUGCAUGUUGGAGAGACGAGUGCAGGAGAAAAAGGAUGGGAAACGCAGCUAUGAUCCCGCUCCUCACUCAGAGGAGAUGAAGGCACUGAACAAGAAGUUCGGUAUUCUUCACGGCAUAUCAUCGUUGUUGAACCUGGGCACAUUUAUUGCGCUCAUCGCCUAUGGCUUCACUUUGGCAGGCCAUCUUCACUGAUGCAUGACCGCAAUUGCAACAAGCUAAGGGGAUCCAUCCGGGCUAUCUUUAUUUUUGACUUGUCUGGUGCGAUGAAACUUUCACAGGAAUGGAACAAUGUUUAAGUGUUGUUGCCAUGUUGACGAAUGUUCUACGAGCUGGCUCAAUUGACCUACGAUGUAGCAUAGCAGUCGACUUUCAUGAUGAUAAUGCAAAUGCUAUUAUUCUAAAU